UUUUUUCUUUUUUAAACGUCAAAGGGCAACGUGAGACUCACCACGUAUUCACAGUGUGACAAACACACACGGCAAUACACGUCGAGUGUCAGUGGAUGAGAGGCGCGCGCAGGAGCGGAUCACACACGGCGUUCAGGAAAGCCUAAGUGUAUCUUGCAUCGGAACCUGCGUGCAAAACUGCGCGUUCACGACUGACCUGCCGCUCCCAUUUCACUGGAACAUGGAGGGGGAGAAAAAGGAAGUGACAUGCUAUCUUCUGUUCUCUCUGGCCACGGCUGUUAUUGGCUCCCUGCAGUUCGGCUACAACACAGGGGUCAUCAAUGCACCUGAGCAGAAACUGCGUACAUUCUUCAACAACACAUGGAUGGAACGUUAUCACAAGCCCAUUGAGCCUGGAGUGUGCACAGUCGUGUGGAGUUUAGCAGUGGCUAUCUUCAGCGUGGGUGGAAUGAUGGGCUCCUUCAGUGUUGGUGUCCUUGCCAAUAAGUUUGGACGACGCAAUUCCAUGUUUUUGGUGAAUAUCUUGGCCUUGAUCGGUGGAGGACUCAUGGGGCUUUGCACUCUUUCCUCUUCUUUUGAGAUGGUUAUCGCUGGCCGCUUGGUUAUUGGCCUCUUCUGUGGCCUUUUCACUGGUCUCACCCCUAUGUAUGUGGGGGAAAUUUCACCCACUCCUCUCCGGGGAGCUUUUGGGACUCUACACCAGCUUGGCGUGGUAAUAGGCAUCUUGAUUGCACAGAUCUUUGGCCUGGAGUUUCUGCUAGGCUCAGAUAAAUUGUGGCCUCUGCUGCUGGCUCUGACUGUGAUCCCUGCUGUACUACAAUGUUUGCUGCUACCUUUCUGCCCUGAGAGUCCACGCUAUCUCCUCAUUAAUCUUAAUAAAGAAGAACAGGCUCGCAAAGCAUUGGUGCGUCUCCGUGGCUAUGAGGAUGUGUCAAAGGAAAUGCAAGAGAUGAAGGAAGAAGGUAUAAAAAUGAACAUGGAAAAGAGGAUGACCAUCCCGGAGCUCUUCCGCACAGCUGUGUAUCGUCAGCCGCUUCUCAUUGCUAUCAUGAUUCAGCUCUCCCAACAACUGUCGGGGAUCAAUGCUGUGUUCUACUACUCAACGGGUAUUUUUGCAUCUGCUGGUGUGACCAAGCCAAUAUAUGCUACCAUCGGAGCUGGAGUUGUGAACACUGUUUUCACUGUGGUAUCUCUCUUCCUUGUUGAAAGAGCUGGACGAAGGACUUUACAUCUUAUUGGCUUGGGUGGCAUGGCAGUCAGUGCCCUGGUAAUGACCAUCACCCUUGCAUUGGACCACAUCGAGUCUCUAAAAUACCUGAGCAUUGCAGCAGUGUUUGCCUUUGUGGCGAUGUUUGAGAUGGGUCCAGGACCCAUCCCAUGGUUCAUUGUUGCUGAGCUUUUCUCUCAAGGACCACGGCCUGCCGCCAUGGCCGUUGCAGGAUGUUCCAACUGGACGGCCAACUUCCUUGUGGGCAUAAGUUUCCCAAAGUUAAAGGAACUGUGUGGACCAUAUGUUUUCAUUAUCUUCAUGAUCUUCCUCAUCUUCUUUUUCAUCUUCACAUACUUCCGUGUUCCUGAGACCAAGGGCCGGACCUUUGAAGAGAUUGCUCAAGGCUUCAGUGGUGCUCCGCCUCCUCCAAGCACCAGUGUACAGGAGGUUGAUGCGGUCACAGUGCCUACCACUAUAGUCAAGGAAAAAGUCCCAUUGGUGGCGACGAAUUCUGAAGCGAAGGAGAAGAGAAGUUCCUCUGGGAGCAUUUCUAGAGAAGCUGUGAAUGGCAACCUGUAUGGGUGGCUGUGUAAAACCACAUCUGGAGGAGUCUCAAUUUGGCUAGCAGGGAUUUUUCCAUGGUGGCGUUGGAGUCUACUUUAAAACCAAGGUUUCAGCGUACUUUCAAAACACAACAGAAAACAACAAAAAAAUUUGUGUCUUUCGCUCUGUCAGGUUCAAUAUCACGCUUCAUGGCAUGCUUUAUAAUAACGCUUGCUCGUGCGUUAUUGAAAAACUCUGAAAGUACAAAAAGACAUACAUAAAUAAACUCGGGCUAGUAAGGCACAGGUGAGAAUCAUCACGUGUUACCUGCCAGUUCGAUCCGCCACCUCUCUGUCCACAACUGACGUUUGACCACACCGCUGCUGCAACAGGAACCAAAUCAAUUUUUUUUUCAUUAUUAUUAUUAGUAAUGAUAUGCCAUAGAACAGGGGUGUUAUCCACUGUUUUUAUCCAGAAAGGGCCAGUAUGGCUGCAAUCUCCAAUCAACUAUCAAGUGUGCCUCCAAUUUGGCUGUAAUAAAAACUUGCAGCCACAUCAGCUCUUUCAGGAUAAGAUCGAAGACCCUACCAUAGAAUGUAAAGAAAAUAUUACCAAAUAUUACUCAUACAUUGUAAUCACCAACCUGCAUUAGUGGCUUCACUGUAAACACCAUUUCAUGUGCAAAGCUAUAGAGGUAUUUUGUUAUAAAUAAAUAUUUUAAACAUUUUAAAGUAAAUUUAUCCAUAUUUAAAUUAUUAUCAAUGUUUUAUCUUGAUUCCUCUUCUGCUUCUAGACAAAUAUUAAGAGAGUAUAUAAGUAGAAAGAAUAUACAUCUUAACAUAUUUUUCCCUUCACAGUGAAACAGUCAACAUUUCUGAAGUUUUGUGUGUGUAAAAGAUUGUCCCUCUAAUCACUGGAUAAAUAAAUAAAUAAAAUGAUUGUGAA